CAGCACGGAGCCCCGCACAUCUUUCAAGGGCCAAUGAAUCGGUCAGAAACUGCAAAGGAGCUUAAGCUCCCACCUUCAGAUAGAGCUGUGCCAGCAGAUGGUACAGAGGUACAAGAGAUGCCUGCUGACAUGGCUUAGGUGUCUGAUGCGAGUAAGAAUCAGCCUGCAGGAUUUGAUAUGAUCUACAGGAUCGAGGACGUCCCGCCUUGGUAUCUGUGUGUGCUGCUGGAACUGCAGCACUACCUAACAUGCUUCAGUGGAACUAUUGCUGUACCAUUCCUAUUGGUUGAAGCCAUGUGUGUGGGGCGGGACCAGUACACUGUCAGCCAGUUAGUGGGCACCAUCUUCACCUGUGUGGGGAUCACUACACUCAUACAGACUACAUUCUGUGUCAGGUUGCCUUUGUUCCAGGCGAGUGCUUUUGCCUUUCUCAUCCCUGCUCAGGCAAUUCUGAGGCUGGACAAAUGGAAAUGUCCCCCUGAAGAGGAGAUUUACGGAGAUUGGAGUCUUCCUCUCAACACCUCUCAUAUUUGGCAGCCACGGAUACGAGAGAUUCAGGGUGCUAUCAUUGUGUCCAGCCUGAUUGAGGUGGUCAUAGGGUUUGCUGGAAUCCCUGGGAUCCUGCUUAAUUGUGUCACUCCCACAGUGUCCCUUAUUGGCUUGUCUGUCUUCCAGACGGCAGGAGACUGCGCAGGCAGCCAGUGGGGCUUGUCCCUGCUGUGUAUCUUCCUCAUUGUUUUGUUUGCUCAGUAUCUAAGGGACUGGGCCUGUCCUUUCCCAAACUACUCUAGACAAAAAGGCUGUCACAUCACACAUGUGCAGAUAUUCAAGAUGUUUCCGAUCAUCAUGGCAAUUAUGGUGGUGUGGCUGGUUUGCCUGUAUAUUCUCACCCUGACGGAUGUGCUUCCGAACGACCCGAAUCAUUACGGUUACAAGGCUCACACUGAUGCCCGGGGUGAUAUUAUGACCCAGGCACCAUGGUUUCGUUUCCUCUAUCCAUGUCAGUGGGGUUUACCCACAGUGACGGUAGCAGGAGUGCUAGGAAUGUUUAGUGCCACGCUAGCUGGUAUUGUUGAGUCGAUCGGAGACUAUUACGCCUGUGCUCGUCUCUCCGGAGCUCCACCUCCUCCUGUUCAUGCUAUCAAUAGGGGUAUCUUUACAGAGGGAGUGUGCUGUAUCAUAGCGGGGCUGCUGGGCACAGGAAAUGGAUCGACCUCUUCCAGUCCUAACAUAGGGGUGCUUAGCAUCACCAAGGUGAGGUGGGAAGCUGGAUGGCUGAUACAGUAUGGAGCAGGCAUAAUGCUUUUAUUGGGAACUAUCGGGAAGUUCACAGCUCUGUUUGCCUCCUUACCUGACCCUAUCCUCGGAGGGAUGUUCUGCACCUUGUUUGGUAAUGAGCUUGUUGGACCUAUUUGUAUUAGCAGAUGUUUUGUUCCAGCUUUCUCCACAGGGUGUCAGUUAAGAGUUUAGAAACUCUGUAGUAACUGCAGAUAUGCUCUAUCCAUGUCCAAGUCAUGCCAUGAAUGAAUUUUGUAUUUUAAACAACAUUUGGGAACACUUUAG